AUUAAUUUAAUGUAUUUUUCAUUACAGAGAGCCGCACUUGUACGCAGUCAGAGUUCCGCUGCAAGACAGGAAGAUGUAUUCCGUUGUCCUGGCACUGUGACAAUGAAAAAGACUGUCCUGAUGGUUCAGACGAGGAGCCGGGCACAUGCAAGGUGAAGUCGUGCGGGCCAGAAGAAUUCACUUGCAGAGGAAGAGACGGCGAAUGUGUCCCACUCACUUGGAUGUGUGAUGACAAUGCGGACUGCUCUGAUGGAUCAGAUGAAAAAGCAUGCAAUGAGACAUGUCGUUCGGACGAGUUUACUUGCGGCAAUGGCAAGUGCAUCCAGCUGAGAUGGGUGUGUGAUGGCGACGACGAUUGCGGAGAUGACAGUGACGAAGUGAAAUGUCCCGCACCUACCUGCCACCCACAAACUCACUUUUCGUGCGGAAACGGACACUGCAUUUCAGCAUGGUGGCGCUGUGAUGGUACUGAAGACUGUCCUGAUGGAACUGAUGAAGUGGGAUGCACGGCGACCCCAAAAGUACGAUCUCCAUGCAUAUCAUCAGAAUUUGAAUGCAAAGACCGCAUGACCUGCGUCCACAAAGCGUGGGUGUGUGAUGGCGACCGCGAUUGUCCUGAUGGAGGAGAUGAAGAUCCUCAGCUCUGUCGAGGCAACGUCACGUGCAGAUUAGACCAGUUCCAGUGCAAAGACCACAGUUGUAUCCCUGGAGCCUUGUAUUGCAACGGCGAUAAAGACUGCCCGGACGGCAGCGAUGAAUUAAAUUGCACUGUAACAAAGACUGUAUGCGACAAGAAGACAGAAUUCGACUGCGGAGGUGGCAUGUGCAUUCCUCUCUCAAAGGUCUGUGACAAGCAUCCUGACUGCCCGAAAUUUGAGGACGAGCCUCGAGACAGGUGUGGAGAGAACGAAUGUGCGAAGAACAAUGGAGGAUGCACACAGCGAUGUGUUGAUACCCCAGUCGGAUAUUACUGUGACUGUGAUAAAGGAUACAAACUUGUGGAUAACAGGACUUGUGAAGAUGUAGACGAAUGUUCGGAUCCUGGCGCAUGUUCCCAAAUGUGCAUCAACGAAAAAGGAACUUUCAAAUGUGAAUGCCAUGCUGGUUACGCCCGAGAUCCUCGUGAUCGCACCAGGUGUAAGGCAACAGAAGGACACCCAUCACUACUGUUCGCUAGACGAUUUGAUAUCCGCAAGAUCAGCCUUGAUCAUCAUGAAAUGGUUGCUAUUGUCAAUGAUACGAAGUCAGCUACAGCUCUCGACUACGUCUUUAGAACUGGAAUGAUCUUUUGGAGUGAUGUUACGGAUGAAAAGAUUUACAAGGCACCAAUCGACGAAGGCACCCAAAGGACGGUGGUGAUCGGAGACCAGCUGAUCACUUCAGACGGGCUCGCUGUCGAUUGGAUCUACAACCACUUGUACUGGACGGACACUGGAAAAAAUCACAUUGAGUUAUCAGACCUCCAAGGGAAUAUGAGGAAGAUCCUCAUCAGGGACCAGCUUGAGGAGCCCAGAGCAAUCGCUUUGAAUCCUCUUGAUGGGUGGAUGUACUGGACUGACUGGGGUCAGGUACCUAAGAUCGAGCGUGCUGGUAUGGACGGCUCCCACAGACAGACGAUCGUGUCAUAUGACGUCAAAUGGCCUAAUGGUCUCACACUGGAUCUUGUCCGCAAACGUGUAUAUUGGGUGGACGCCAAGAUGAACAUGAUUUCUUCGUGCAAUUACGAUGGUACCGGUCGCAGAGUGAUCCUCUACUCUACAGAUGUUUUACGUCACCCAUUCUCGAUAACCACCUUCGAGGAUUGGGUCUACUGGACUGAUUGGGACAAGGCUGCUGUCUAUCGCGCAAACAAAUUCAACGGAAAAGAUAUUGAGGCUAUUACCCCUACACAUAACCUCCAAAACCCCAUGGUGAUCCACGUGUACCACCCAUACCGUCAGCCCGAUGGUAUAAACCAUUGUGCGGCUGUCAAUGGUCACUGCUCCCAUCUUUGUCUCCCUGCACCGCGCAUCACUGCCCACGCGCCACGGGUCUCCUGCGCAUGCCCGAACGGACUAAGACUGCUGCCGGACAACCAGAUGUGCGUCGAAGACAAUGCAAUAAAACCAGAUGUGGAGGUGCAUAAUAAACCAACCAUUGGUUCAAAUGAAACCAUAGUUAUCGAGGAAAAACCUGUAACCAGUGUCCCUGAAACACCAAAGACUGGAACAGGAAUCUCAAGCAGCGGCCGCGAUGCCGGCAUGGUCGCAGGAGUCGUAGUAGCAGUAAUCUCUGGAAUCAUUAUAUUGGGAGCACUGAUCGCAGUGGUUAUGUACAGACAUUUCGUGCACCGUAAUGUUACAUCUAUGAACUUCGACAACCCGGUGUACCGCAAGACCACAGAGGACCAAUUUGCGCUGGAGAAGAAUGGAUACGCACCGGGCAGCAAGCUGUACCCCAGUACCGUGGGCGAAGAGGCCCAAGAACCUCUCAACACACCGGGUACAAAUGACUUUGUAUAGUGUACAAGCUGGAAGUAAAUACAGUAUAUUAUCAUUGAAUGUGAAAAGAAAGAGAAGGACAUGUGAUACUUAAAAUAGUGUUAUCCAGUGAAUGGGACUUAAGCUAACAUUUUUGUAGUAAACUCUAAAAAUAGUUAGCGUUAGUGCAGUGAAGUGAAGCUUAUUGGAACAAAGUUCUGUUUGCUGUUACGCCUCGCGCCGAGAUGGAUCUCAAAAUUACGAUUAUUUCAUCGGCUGUCAUAUCACAACACUCAGUUAAUUUUACACAGAUGCAGGGAACGGCGGGUUUAAGAAAGGAAGCGGGGCAUUUUUAUUACGUUAAUUGUAAAAAUGUGAAGCUAUUAUGGUUGCAAAUCUAAAUUUGUUGGACGAUUUGCAUCUUUGGAUAAUAUUAAUAUUGUUGCGUUGACCGAACGUGUGUAUACGUUCGAGUUACGCAGGGCCGUUGAGCAAUGCUUUCUGCCCUUUUCUAUAUCUGUGUUCUGUACGUGAAAGAGAUCUUGGUAUUGCUUUUUGUACUAUUUGUAUCACAUUAUUAGAUGUUAGAAGGGACAUGUUUGCUCUAAUUUUCUCUUUACACUGUGAAUAGUAUAAACAUUCUAAAUAUUGCUUUAUCGAAUGCCAGGUGCAUUGUAAUUAUUUAUAUAGAAUUUACAAUUUUUUAUUCCACUUUAGUUGAUAAUUUUAAUAUUAUACACGUUUACAGCAAUCCUAAAACUCUUAGACUUCCGCAUUCAGAGAGAAUGAAAAGCUCAUGUUUCAUAAUGAAAUGUACUUAGUUAGUAAUUUCUCAUGAUUUCCUAAAUAUUUUAAAAAUUGAACUGAUUCUGCAUAUUUGAAUAUGAACGUCCGGGUAUUUCACUUGGACUUGAUUUUCUAAUAAAUCUUCGAUUUAUUUAUUUCUAUAACACACUAGGAAAUGUAGGCUAAUAAUGAGAGCAGUAUAAUGUGCCAAUUUUAGUAAAAAUUUACAAUUUUGUCGCCAAAUUAUAUUGUACAAUACUUGAAAGUAGAUGAAUUCUCAAACACUAUAUUUGUUGCGUCUGUAAUUUAUUUGUACUAUAUGAAAUUGUUAUUAGCAUAGUACAGUUUUAAUAUGAAUUUUAUAUUUUAUGUACCAGUUGAGUUUUACCAUCGAAUAUUUUUAUGUAUUUAUAUAUUUAAUAGCAAUGAACGCAUAGUAUUUGGAAUGUGACUUUGUCAAGCAAAAUCCUGCCAAAUUCUUUGAAUAUAAAUGAUUACUCUAUUUGUAAUGUAAUUGAAUUACAUUAAAUACAUACUUGAUGCACAUUUCAUACAAUAUGCCUAGCUCAAUAAGUGUGGUCACUAAAAUAAAUUAUUGUGUAAAUAUUGUCAGUAAAAUAUAUGUAAAAGGUG